CGUCAGGCUCAGCGUCUAACAGGCCAAUAAGAAAAGAUAAAGGAAUAGUACCGAACCUUUCAAGGUAUUAGGAAAGAUGCGGAGAUCAUCAGCAGUCACUUCGUGAUCGCGCGUGUGUACGUACGUGCAUACGGUGAAUGUCGGGCGACAGUGCGAUCGACGAGGUUACGUCGCGUAAAAUGAGACGGCAUGUCCCGUUCGACGGAACUUCUUAGCGGUCUGCUCGUCCUGCUGCCGGUGAUCGCGCUGUGCAAUGGCGUGGACUACACGUACGAGAUCGACUGCAAUAACCUGCGGAUGGGGCAGUACAUCUGUCCGCAUCCCGAUUACGAUUUCAUAGACCCGAAGACGCAGCAACCGCGCGGCUGCACCAAAGAGAACAAGGCCAAAGUGCUCUGUCUAGCUGCCGAUGGCCUGAUUUGCACGGAAACGAAAAACAAUACGUUCAAGAAGGAUAUACCUUGCAAGUGGACAAAUGGAUAUUCCUUCGAGACGUCGUUACUGCUGUCCAUAUUCCUUGGCAUGUUUGGCGCGGAUCGAUUUUACCUGGGAUAUCCAGCUCUGGGCUUACUCAAGUUGAGCACGCUCGGCUUUCUCUUCCUUGGCCAAUUCGCUGAUGUAAUAUUGAUAGCCACGCAGGUUGUAGGCCCGGCGGACGGUUCCCACUACGUGAUGCCAUAUUAUGGUGCCGGGAUUAACAUUGUGACGAGUAACAAUUUUACGUACAGAGUGCCACAGUAUGACUGCUGAGUGAGAACGGCGAGUACGAUGCAGGAAUGAUUUUUUCGAAAUUUUGCCGCGAGCAACGAUGUGCGCAAUCCUAGAGUUGAGUCCUAUUUCGCUGAUACUUCAAUGUAAAUCAAUCAGGAUACUGUCCUAGGGGAUAAGAAUGUUAAUGUAUAGACACACACUUCAACGAAAUUCUGUAUAUAAAAAUUUAUUACCGAUUUACGUAUAUAUUAAUCUAGUUAAGUAAUAAACUUUUGCUCUCUUUUUUU